CCCUAAAAAUGGUAACCGAUGAGAAGUCCUUAUCCACCCCACUCUUUAUCCAAUUUAUGGACCGUGCAUUUAACAAGCCACAUGUUUUUACGAUAAAUAAUUAUAACCUAAAAUGUAUAACAUUAGUGCGUUUAUCAAUAGUAAAUUAACGAUGUAAAUAGAAGUGCAUAGUAAAUAAUGAAGAGUUGUUUCACCGCAAUAUUUUCAAAACGAUAUAUACAAAAAAUAUACAGUGCUACAUUGCCAUUAGGAAUAAAUAAUUUAUUCUACAGUACACACAAAACAAGAAUAAACAUGAAUGAGGCUUUUUUACGAUAUGAAAAAGGACAAGAAACGUUUAAUUUUAGUUUUCGAUACAUUAAUAAGGAACUAAAAAUUGAUAAACAAUUUAAUUUAUACCGAAAGUCAUGUGAAAACGUGUAUACAUUUUUAGAAAGAAUUGAUAGAAAUAUAGAUAAAGUUGUAAAUAAAAAAAAUCACAGAUCUAAAAAGAAAAUUAAAAUAAAACAGAACGAUGAAAAAAUACAAGAAGAAAAAGAGGAUGAAGAUAAAAAUCUUGUAAAUAAUGUUGAAUCAGGUAAUAUUGUUCUUCUCAAGGAAAAUACGAAAGUAAAUUUAGAAGAUACUUGCAUCAAUGUAUUCGACAACCCAUAUAAUUUAUCCAUGGUUAUUUUGGGUGAACCUUACACCAUCAAAUAUAACACUCCUUGGAUUCUCAGAAUAAAAUUACCUGCUACCAUUUUAGUAGGAUUUCCAGUCUAUCCUUCAGAAUUUGAAACAUUGUAUUUAGAUAAAGAUAAGUCAUCGUUUAUUUGGUACAAAUUUAAACACAAUUAUCCUCAUGAAGAAAUACAAGUUGGUGAAGGAUUUAUAUAUUAUCCUUCUGAUACUGAUAUUGGAUUUAUAUUAAAACUCAAAUGUUUACCACGUAACGAUCAUGGUGAAGGUCCUGAAAUCGAAGUAAUAUCAAAGGUUGCUGUAACAGCUGGCCCUGGUGUAUGUCCAUUUGAAGCAAGACAAUCAUCUACAAGUACUAAAUUAUCUGGGGACAAUUUUAGAAUGUUAUCAUAUAAUAUUUUAGCAAAUACUUAUGCAAAGUCAAAUUAUUCGAAAGAAGUCCUAUUUCCUUACUGUCCAGAACAUGCUUUGGAUAUUGAUUAUCGUAAAUUAUUAAUCAUUAAAGAAUUAAUAGGAUACAAUGCUGAUAUAAUAUGUUUACAAGAAGUAGACAGAAGGGUGUAUGAACAUGAUAUGAAACCUCCUUUUAUAUUGCUGGAUUAUGAUGGUAUUUACGGUUCUAAAGGAGAAACGGGUGAAGGUCUUCUUAUUAUGUAUAAUAAUAAACGAUUUCAGAUGAUAGAAAAUAAAACUAUAGUAAUGAGUGAAAAUAUUAAUUCCAAUCCUACUUUUGAAGAAGUCUGGAAAACUAUUACGAAUGAAGAUGCUAAAAAAAGGUUUCAAGAUCGAAAUACAUCCAUGUUGGUAGUGGUCAUCCGCUCCAUAGACAAUCCUUCAGAAAUUUUGGUAAUUGGUAAUACUCACCUCUAUUUCCAUCCAGAUGCAGAUCAUAUAAGAUUAUUACAAGCAUUUUUUGCAUUGUCUACAUGUCAAAAUUUUGCUGAAAAGAUCCGUAAAGAGUUUCCUCAGCAUAAUAUAACUCUAUUAUUAGCUGGAGAUUUUAAUAGCACUCCUAAAGAUGGUGUUUACAAAUUGAUGACUACUGGUAAUAUUUCAAAAGAUGAAGUAGACUGGAAUUCAAAUGAACAGCAAACAAUUAAAGAUGUUUCUCUUUCUCAUUCAUUGUCCUUGGGAAGUGCUUGUGGUACUCCACAGUACACGAAUUUUACUGUAGAUUUUGCAGAUUGUCUAGAUUACAUUUUUUAUGAAACUAAUAAAUUGGAAGUGAAACGAAUAGCACCUAUGCCCACUGAAGAAGUGUUGAAGGCCCAUGGAGCUAUUCCAUCAGUAGUUUUCCCCAGUGAUCAUAUAGCCAUUUGUGCUGAUUUAAAAUGGAAAUCGAAUUAAGUUUUAUAAUUAAAUUGUAUUAGUUUACUUUAAAUACAAAACAAAAAGUAAAUGAAAAAAAAAA